AUGCAAACAAUCACAGUGGCUCUUACGGGGGUCGCUCCACCCCUCACCCUCGUCCCCGUGGCCUCCCUGGACCUCUUCUGUUCAGGGGAGCUGCCCCCGCCGCUGUCCACAACUUCGAUAAUUGGAGGAGAUCCUUUUAUGGUUCCAGAUCAUUAUCAUACGUCCAAUAGAUCUGAUACUCACCACUAUGGGCCAAACACAUUUACGGCAAUACAGGAAGGUCCCUGGCACCAUGCACCAACUGGACCGACCAACAAUUCCUUCCACCCAAUACCAGCUGGUCACAUGGAGGGAUGGAACAGGGUAGGAGAAAAUGCAAUGUUGAUGGGAAGUCAUGUACCAAGCUCUAUUCCAUUUGGAUCGGUGCCCUCAUCACAGAGGCGUCAAGCUCCGACGCUGUCAAGCUCCCACCAAAAUUUUGCUCCAUCUGGAGUGAUUUUGCAAAAUCCACAACCUCACUCAGGAAGUUCAAGCACUCAGCGUUUCUAUCCCUCUCUUCACCAUGGUGUCAGCCAGCUCUUGGCCCGACGUCCAACCACUCACACUGGUCAGCCUGUGUUCAGCGCUCAAGAUUUAUCAAACUUCACGAUUGAUCAGCUUUCCAAUUUCAUAGACGCUCACUCUGAUGGUUGGAUGAGAGAACGUCGGGCGUCAAUCGGGUCUCAACCCCAUUUGCAUUUUCGUGAUUUUCAAGAGAUUGAUCAGAGCCUUCGAGAGAAGUUAUCCACUGCGCUGAGUAACAUGUUUUUGGAACAGCCUUUCCUUCCUCUGGCCUAUCGGACAACUCAUGGACAGGUCGCAUGGAACAUUGAUGGAGGCGGUGUCAGCAUGAAUAGAGAGACAGAUCAGUCUGGGAAUUCUGUGUUUGUGGUGAAGUGUUGGCUUGCGAAUGGGAGGGACAAUCCUGGUAGGACUCACCUAGUUUAUCAUGAAAUUAUCCCUGAUGGUCCUCUGUAUGGUGGUUGA